UGUUGUUGCUGGGAUUAAAGCAGUGGGAUUAUUUGCCAAAUCCCUCUCCUCUUCUCUCCUAUCCUAUCCUAACCGUCUGCUUUCAUCAUCUUUCCUCCUCUGGGUCACUCCUCUGUAUCUAGGCCAGGGCACUUCCAUGGUACCCAGAGAAGACCCCCACCCCUACCCCUGUGAUGUGGUUCAAUCCAGAGAGCCUGAAAUAACAACUCGGACAACAAACACGCCUGAUUGGAGUCAUUUCAGGUCAACCUAAGGCUAGUCAGAGGCUUGUUUUUGCUGUGGACCUGCUGGAGCCUCCUCGGUGCCCCAUAGUGGCCCCUGGACCUUAUUUUGUACACCAGUGCUCCACGGGGCUGGUGGGAGGCGUUUAACCAGUUAUUUUGAUGGUGAGCUCGGUCUGUGUGGACUCCCACAACAAUGCCUGGCUUAAAAAGUUCCUAACCAGCACUUCUAAUGGCAACAUGUCAGUAUUGAACUAGAAGUGGAUCGGGUUUGUUUCACUCCGGCCGGAGCCACGCGUGAUGAAAAUGGGAAUAAAGUGCGUGGAGCGGCGGAAACAGGGAGGCGGAUGUGAGGCGGUUCAGGCAAAUAAAUAAGAAAUGAACGCGUCUUUCUACCCGUAUUGGCAGCACCGAGAAGAGGAUGGACUCCCAGUCGUGGUUUUGACUUAAACACGGGCAAAAAUCAGUUUUGAUCACGGUUGGAUUCGGGUCGGACCGGAGGUUGGGACACCGAGGUGUAGCGGCGCGGCGUGCGGGCUUUGGUGCGCCUGACGCGGCUUGGGAACGUAUGAAGGCUCGGUGGUGUCCGGGCCGUGCGGAUGUCCGUCGUCCAUGAUUAAGAAGCGGCUUGUUCGGGGCUUUGACGGGGCUGCACACGACGAUUAAACCGUGUAGCAAAGAUGAAACAUGCGUGGCCAAUGUAUGGGACUCUAAGAACCGCGGCGUGAACGGCACUCAGAGGGGGCAGAUCGUGUGGAGACUGGAGCCGGGACCUUACUUCAUGGAGCCAGAGACAAAGAUCUGCUUUAAAUACUAUCACGGUGUAAGUGGAGCAUUAAGAGCAACGACACCUUGUAUCACCGUCAAGAACCCUGGAGUGCCGGUGGGCAGUGAAGGCCAAGUGGAGGACCAAUCAGGGACUGAGCACUGUCGGAAACUUGUCAGCUUCACUUUAUCAGACAUCCGGGCGUUGGGCCUGAAGAAGGGCAUGUUCUUCAACCCUGAUCCUUACCUGAAGAUGUCCAUCCAGCCAGGGAAGAGGAGCGGACUCCCCAAGUUCACCCACCAUGGCCAGGAGAGGCGGUCCUCCAUCAUAGCCAACACCACCAACCCUGUGUGGCACGGAGAGAAGUACACGUUUGUGGCUCUGAUGACUGACGUGCUAGAAAUUGAGGUGAAAGAUAAGUUUGCCAAGAGCCGGCCAAUCAUCAAGCGAUUUCUGGGUCAGCUGAUUAUCCCUGUGCAGAGACUUCUGGAGGGGCCGUCAGCUGAAGAUCAGCCAGUCAGCUACAGCCUGUGUCGUCGCCUCCCUACUGACCAUGUGAGUGGGCAGCUUCAGUUCAGAGUGGACAUCACCUCCACUGGACACGAAGAAGCCUCUCCAGAUGCUGUGGGAACAAUAUUAGAUGGAGCCGUGAAUGGGGAUCCCGGUAGUCCUUCUGACGAUGAAGAUCUCCCUCACCACUCCUCAUCCUCUCGUGUCACAUGUGGAGCCUCUCCUACUGGUUCUGAAGAGGGCUCCCUGUUGGUGAACGGUGCCAGUUAUUAUGGCGAUGAAAGUGUUUGGCGAGAUUCUGGGCCAAUGGGAGAAGUUGAUCUGAGUCUCAUGGCUGUGGGUGGCCACACCCAUCGUCAGGUAUCACUGAAUGACUACUUGGAUGCCAUCGAAGCCCAGAGGAGCCCAGUGGAACGACCUCUAGCUGGGCCUUCGCCAAAGCUCCGCUCUAGCUUUCCAACGGACACAAGACUUAAUGCGAUGCUGCAUAUAGACUCAGAUGAGGAUGAGGAGACAGCAGGGCAACACAGGGACCAAACGCAAGAAGCAAAGACACAGCAGUCUACAAGAUCAGAUGUAUCUCAACAAGAACAUGAGACGGCAAAACAAGAGCAGCACGCUGGGGAUGCAUCUGGAGCUGGAGCCAGUGCAGAGGCAGGUUCCUCUGCUGGUGCUCAGCCUGAAGCUGCAGGAUCUGAAGCUGCAGGAUCUGAAGCUGCGAACGGCGCAGCUGGAAUCCAAUCUCAGACAGCACCAUCAACUACUGCUGCUAGUGUUGGAGGAAGUGGAGACAUUGCAGGAGCACCACAUGAGGCUGCAAAUGCCACUGGAGAAACCGUUACAGCUUCCAGUUUAUCUCAGCCAGUGGGUGCUGAGGGAGGGGCUGCAGCUGCCAACAGCACAGAGGAGUCUAGUGGAGACUAUAUCAGCCAGGAGCAGAACAGAACCACCACAAACCUGGAUGGAAAUUGCAGUUCUGCUCUAACUUGUGGUCCACUUUCACCCAUUCAGGAGGUUGAGACGAGAAAAGAAAUAGCUCCUAAGGCUGAGGAGGAAGGAGUGGAGUCUUCAAGCAGCGAAGCAAAUGGGCCUGUUGGAGCAGCUAGUUCCAGCAGUACUGUGGCCGAGCAGGGAGGAGCAACUUCUGAAGCAGGAGCAAGAGGCAGCAGCAGGAAUGGGCCGGAGGAGCAGGAUGAGGAGGGAGGGGAUGUGUGGAGGAGGAGGCGAUCUCUGCAGGCGUCUGGAGGUGGGACCCAGAACCAGGACGUGUGCCGGGCCAGAGAGGGUCAGAGCGGGGCAGCGGUGGAGAGAGAUGCAGGUGCCACAGCUCAGGUCAAUGGACACCAGUCUGUUCGCUCGCUGCCAUCUGUCCGCCACGACAUCAGUCGUUACCAGAGAGUGGACGAGCCACUGCCACCUAACUGGGAGGCUCGCAUUGACAGCCAUGGUCGCAUCUUCUACGUUGAUCAUGUGAACAGAACCACAACAUGGCAGCGUCCCACUGCUCCCCCUGCCCCACAAACCCUGCAGAGGUCCAACUCCAUUCAGCAGAUGGAGCAGCUGAACCGCAGGUAUCAGAGUAUACGCAGGACGAUAACCAAUGACAGCAGACCAGAGGACCAGCCAGCCAAUGAGCUGCCACCAGAUGAGACUGAUAUGCACCCCACUAUCCCAGAGCUUCGGAGGGAGAACAGUGGGGCUCAGUCCAGUUCUAGUUCAAGGUCACGCCUCAGUCUGCUGCUUCAGUCGCCCAGUGCUAAGUUCUUAACCAGCCCCGACUUCUUCACUGUGCUGCAUUCCAACCCUAGUGCCUACCGUAUGUUCACCACCAACACAUGUUUGAAGCAUAUGAUCAGUAAGGUUCGUCGGGAUGCUCACCACUUCGAGCGUUACCAGCACAACAGGGAUCUGGUGGCUUUCCUCAAUAUGUUUGCCAACAAACAGCUGGAGCUACCCAGAGGCUGGGAAAUGAAGCAUGACCACACCGGGAAGCCUUUUUUUGUGGACCACAACUGCCGCGCUACCACCUUCAUCGACCCCCGGCUGCCUCUCCAGAGCACCCGACCCCCCAGCCUCCUGGCUCACCGGCAACAUUUGACCCGUCAACGCAGCCACAGCGCUGGAGAGGUCAGCCCCAGACGAUUGGGGGGUGAUGACCCUCGUCAUGCUGGCCCACCUGUCCUGCCUCGGCCCUCCAGCACCUUCACUUCUGCUACCAGAGGCCAGUGCCAGGACGUUGUGCCAGUGGCUUACAAUGACAAGAUUGUGGCAUUUCUACGACAACCCAACAUCUUUGAGAUUUUGCAAGAGAGACAGCCCGAUUUCAGCCGGAACCAUUCGCUCAGGGAGAAGGUGCAGCUGAUCCGCACAGAUGGAGUGUCAGGAUUGGCCAGGCUUUCAGGGGAUGCCGACCUUGUCAUGCUUCUUAGUUUGUUUGAAGAUGAAGUGAUGUCCUACGUGCCUCCUCAUGCCUUACUUCACCCCAGCUACUGUCAGUCGCCACGGGGAUCACCUGUCUCCUCCCCGCAAAACUCUCCUGGCACCCAGAGAGCUAAUGCCAGAGCUCCAGCUCCAUACAAGAGAGAUUUUGAGGCCAAAUUGCGCAACUUCUACAGGAAGCUGGAGACGAAAGGCUACGGUCAAGGUCCAGGAAAGCUAAAAUUGAUCAUCCGUCGUGACCAUCUGCUGGAAGAUGCCUUCAACCAGAUCAUGUGCUAUUCCCGAAAAGACCUGCAGCGCAGCAAGCUCUAUGUCAGCUUUGUUGGGGAGGAGGGGUUGGACUACAGCGGGCCCUCCAGAGAGUUCUUCUUCCUGGUGUCCAGAGAGCUCUUCAACCCUUAUUAUGGUCUGUUUGAAUACUCUGCCAAUGACACCUACACUGUCCAGAUCAGCCCCAUGUCCGCCUUCGUUGACAAUCAUCACGAGUGGUUCCGUUUCAGUGGUCGUAUUUUAGGCUUGGCCCUAAUCCAUCAGUACCUGCUGGAUGCCUUCUUCACUAGACCCUUCUAUAAAGGCCUACUGCGCAUUCCAUGUGACCUGAGUGACCUGGAGUAUCUGGAUGAGGAGUUUCAUCAGUCUCUCCAGUGGAUGAAAGACAACGACAUUGAAGACAUGCUGGACCUCACCUUCACUGUCAAUGAAGAAGUCUUUGGACAGAUAACUGAGAGGGAGUUAAAGCCUGGUGGAGCCAACAUCCCAGUGUCAGAAAAGAACAAGAAGGAAUACAUCGAACGGAUGGUGAAAUGGAGGAUAGAGAGAGGAGUGGUACAGCAGACGGAAAGCCUGGUCCGGGGCUUCUAUGAGGUGGUGGAUGCCAGGCUGGUGUCAGUGUUUGAUGCCAGGGAGUUGGAACUUGUGAUUGCUGGCACUGCUGAGAUCGACUUAUCAGACUGGAGGAACAACACAGAGUACAGAGGAGGUUACCAUGACAACCACCUAGUGAUCAGGUGGUUCUGGGCAGCUGUGGAGAGGUUCAACAAUGAACAGAGACUUCGCCUGCUGCAGUUUGUGACUGGGACUUCCAGUAUUCCAUAUGAGGGCUUUGCAUCUCUUCGAGGGAGCAAUGGACCCCGGAGGUUUUGUGUAGAGAAAUGGGGCAAAAUCUCAUCUCUGCCCAGAGCUCACACUUGUUUCAACCGGCUAGACCUGCCACCAUACCCAUCAUUCUCAUUACUGUAUGAGAAGAUGCUGACUGCUGUUGAGGAAACCAGCACAUUUGGGCUGGAAUGAGACCCAACUAUUACCAACCCUUAUACUGUUCAAAAAGGAUCAUCACAAUCAGAGAAGGACUCAAAAAUCUGGAUACAAGUUCAACUUAUGCUUUUGUGUUUAACUUAUAAGUUUUGCCUCAAACAGUUUUUUUUCUCUUGCACCUAUGUUUGCACCUACUUAGUAAUAAAUGCUUUCACUUGUGCAAGUCAUCGAUGAAGACCUGCAUCGCCUUUGGGACCAGAAUCACAGCAACCAGGAUGUUCUCAGCUGAAAAGCAGAUGUUUUCCACUUCGAUACCAGGACACGACUGUGAGCAUAUAAAAGAAGAAGCAGCCACUGCCUUCACUCUGUAUCCUAAACCCAUUCAGCUACAAAACUGCGACGGCUGAGCCGACGUGUGAGAUUCAGCCUCUUCUUCUCUAGUUUGGACGGACCUUUAAGAUCACAAGGCUCGUCCAGAACUUUGAGCAUCAGUGUCGCUGUAAUUGUGACACAGUAUCUCCUUGUGGCCUGUUGUACUAACUGCAUUUCUAAAAGCCUUUUGAGCACCACCUGAAGUAACUUUUCAAGUUUGUGGAAUUUUACAGUGAACAGCUAAUUUUGGAGUCCAAUCUAAAGCUUUGGUAUUGUUGUUACGGUAUUUUCUUCAACAAAAAAAGAAACAAAUAGAUUUUCUAAUAAUGUGGAAGUGAGAUGUGAUUUGAAUGUAACUAAUUUUAGAAUCUAGAUUGUGUGGGAGGUAAUUUUUCUACCAGAGCUGGGUCAAUUGAGAAAUAGAAAAUAUAAUUUUUAGCUUCAGAAUUGGAUUCUUCUUACUUAAAAUGGCUGUUUUUGUGCAUUAUGUAUAUUACAUAUUAUAUGUACCAUAUCUAAUAUAUUGUUUGCCUAAAUAUAGCUUUGACCCAGCUCUGUUUUCUAAAGUUUUCUUGACUCUAAUCUACUCUCAAGAGGUAUAAAUGAAAUAUGUCUAUUGAGAUAUACAGAGCAGAUUUAAGAUUCCCACACAUCCAGAUUAAAACUCAAGAGUUCAGUUAUUGCAACUUUGACUAUAUCUACUGUCAUAUAGAAGUGUGUUCAUCUUCUUUUGCAAUUUUCAUCAAGACGGUGAUCAGUUCCCAAAAUGUCAGGCUAAUAAAACAUGUCAUCUUGGUAAACAUAUGUCUUCUCCUUGCAGGGAUGGGUGAUAUGGAGCAAAAUGUUAUCAUGAUAAAGCAGUCUUUUUAAAUGACUAUGUAAACUCUUACAUGGAGUGUUGUAAGUGAAUUGAUUUGCACUCUGUUACUGAUUGAAUCUUUUGUAUCUGCUAAAUAUUAUUGUUUAGGCUGAUUUCAUCAGGCUCUGAGCAGACACCAUAAACAUAAAACCACAUUGUCCUUACAAUAUUAAAGCAUGACCAUUUUGUACAAUCCCCCAUUUUCACCAAGCUUGUAGUAAAUCUUUUCUGUACUUAGGUACUCGUUACCGUCCUCUUUACUUACAUUCCCCUGCACUAUGAAUGUAAACACGCCUUGAACUGCCACAUGUAUCUACAGAUGUACACACACAGGACUAACAAAACACAUCUGAAUGCCCCAUUAUGGCAAAAUCCAGACCAAAAAUGACAAUUAAGGUCAUAAAGACAUAGUUGUGCUGUAUCUUAAACACUGAAUUCUUUAAAUUCAGGGCCUUCAGCCACUGUAUUAUUUGUUUCCUUUAACCCACAAGGCAAACUGUCACUAACACUUCUAAAUUAAAU